GGGCCUCGGCGGGCUCCGCUCGGGUAGAGACUCCUUCCUCUUAACGUGGUUGCCGAGUCCUGGGCGCUGCCCACAGUUUUAACCGGUAUUUGUCUCGUUUUUGAGGGUUAGACGUUAAGGACCACCUGGCUUGAGGACGGCCCUAGGUACCAUGCGGCUGCAGGAGAGGCCAGGAGUCUGAGCUCUGCAGCCUUCGCUGCCGCCGCCCGGUCUCUGCAGCCUCCGAAGACCAAUCCGGGCCGGAGAGCUCCUGCAGACACAGCCAGCGAGCGAGAUGAAGAUUAGGGAUUUGCUGGCGUGGAACAUGUAUUAACCCGAACUGAUGGUGGUUUUAGAUCUAGCCAGAUGGCAGCCGUGAAUGAAUGGACGAAGAGAGGGCCCUUAGAAUGGCAAGAUUACACUUACAAAGAAGUCAGAGUGACAGCGAGUGAGAAGGACUAUAAAGGAUGGGUUUUAACCACAGACCCCGUCUCUGCCAAUAUUGUCCUCGUGAACUUCCUUGAAGAUGGCAGCAUGUCUGUGACCGGAAUUAUGGGACAUGCCGUGCAGACUGUUGAAACCGUGAAUGAAGGGGACCAAGGGGUAAGAGAGAAGCUGAUGCAUCUGUUCACAUCUGGAAACUGUCAGGCACACAACCUUGAGGAUCUGGAAAAGAGAAAGAACAGCCUAAAGAAAUGGCUCGAGAAGAACCACAUCCCGGUCACUGAACAGGGAGAUUCACCAAGGACUCUGUGUGUGGCUGGGGUCCUGACUAUAGACCCACCGUAUGGUCCAGAAAAUUGCAGCAGUUCUAAUGAGAUUAUUCUGUCCCGUGUCCAGGAUCUUAUUCAAGGACAUCUUGCAGCUUCCCAGUGAGAACCCAAGAACUAUGGGUGCACUGAAAUAAGACUUUUUUUCUUCAUAAAAUGUUUUGAAUUUUAAGGCCAUCAUACUACAGGACUUUAAAGGCACACAAGUGUGUGUGUGUGUUUUAAUUUGUUUUGGUAAAAAUCAAAGAUGCGGAUUAUGAAUGCUAAUAAGUGUACUGUUGCAAGGAUAACAUCACAUGCAACAAAAUUAGCACAAGGAUUUUAAGUCCUUUCUUCUGAGGGAGCUAUACCUCCAUUUUUGUUAGGCAGAAAUGUAUUUGGAAAAACACAACAUGUUACAUUUAAUAUUAAAUGCAUUAGUCCCUUGCACUAAC